ACAUCUCGAGGUGUCUCGAAGUGUUAUAUUUGGUUACUGCAAAUUGCGAGUGAGGCAUCUUCUAGAAGUUAUUCGGAUUUCCAAAUAGAUUUUAAUACAUUUACUCUACAAAGGCAAAGUCUGAAAUCAUUGUAUUUGCCACCAUGUCUGGUAUUCUACAGCGUUUGGGGAAAAGACAUGCAGAAAUAUUAGUUAGUUGGUUUCCAUCCUUAGCUACGUAUGGAGUAACUGGAACUUUGGGACUGCUAUAUUUUACCGAUUGGAAAGCUGUUAUAAAAUAUAUUCCAUUCUAUUCAGGGAAAUUAAGCGAAGAAUAACUUUUCAAUAAUAAAUAAGUCGUACGCAAACGUAUGAUUUUUAAGUAUGUUAUACCUACUUAUUUAAUAGAUUAAUAAAAGUAAUCGUAUAUAGGA